AUGGAGCCCGGGCGGGGAGCCGGGCCGGGGCCGGGGCUGUGGCGCUGCGGGCGGCGGCUGCUUUGGGCCGCCUCCCUGCUCUGCGUCCUGCUGGACCUGCAGCUCCCAGGUUUGCUGGCCUCCGGGCAGGCCGAGAUCGAGAACCACCUGGAAAUGGGGCGCAAGCUGCUGGCGGCCGGACAGCUGGCCGAGGCGCUGUCUCACUACCACUCCGCCGUCGAAGGCGACCCCAAGAAUUACCUCACCUAUUACAAGCGAGCCACCAUCUACUUGGCCAUGGGCAAGUUCCGCUCGGCGCUGCCCGAUCUUUCGAAGGCCAUUGAGCUCAAGCCGGACUUCCUGGCCGCCAGGCUGCAGAGGGGUAACAUUCUCCUGAAGCAGGGCAACACGGAGCAGGCCAAGCAGGACUUCGAAGCCGUGCUGCAGAGCGAUCCUGGCCACAAGGAGGCUCAGAGCCAGCUCGCCAGACUCACCGAGCUGGAAGUGACCAUGCAGGAGGCCCGGGCAGCCUAUCAGAGAACAGAGUACGCGGGAGCCAUCGGCAUCCUGGAGCGAGUCGUCGAGAUCUCCCCGUGGGACCCCGAUGCCAAGGAGCUGCGCGCCGAGUGCCACCUCCUGCUGGGCGACUACGGCCAGGCCAUCCUGGACCUGAAACCCACCACCAAGCUCCGCGCCGACAACCGGGCGGCUUUCCUUAAGCUCAGCCAGCUCUACUACGGCCUGGGGGAGCACGAGGAGGCCCUGGCGCAGGUACGUGAAUGUCUCAAGCUGGACCAGGACGACAAGGCGUGCUUCGCCCACUACAAGCAGGUCAAGAAGCUCUCCAAGCAGCUGGAGUCGGCUGAGGAGCACGUCCGAGCGCAGAGGUACGAGGAAGCCAUCGACAAGUACAAAGCGGCCAUGAAGACGGAGCCGCAAGUGGAGGUUUAUAUCAUCAAGGCCAAGGCGCGCAUCUGUCACUGCCUGUCCAAGAGCAAACGGCCCCAGGAAGCCAUCGACGUCUGCACGGAGGCUCACCAGCGGGACCCACGCAACGUCUUCAUCCUGCGGGACCGGGCCGAGGCCUACAUCCUGAACGAGGAGUUCCAGAGAGCGGUGGAGGAUUACCAGGAGGCCAAGGAGUUCGACGGGGAAAACGAAGAGGUGAAGGAGGGGCUGGAGAGAGCCCAGAAGCUGCUGAAGCAGUCAAGGAAACGCGACUACUACAAGAUACUGGGGAUCCGGAGGAACGCCAACAAGCAGGAGAUCAUCAAGGCCUACCGGAAGCUGGCCCAGCAAUGGCACCCCGACAACUUCCAGUCCGAGGACGAGAAGAAGGAGGCGGAGAAGAAAUUCAUCGACAUCGCAGCCGCUAAAGAGGUCCUGACAGACCCAGACAUGCGGCAGAAGUUCGACUCCGGAGAGGACCCCUUGGACCCCGAGAAUCAGCAAGGAGGGGGAGGGCACCCCCACCACUGGCCUUUUGAGUUUAACCCCUUCGGCUCUGGCAAUUUCCACUUCAAAUUCCACUUCAAUUAGCUCGGGGCGGGAGAACGAGCUCCGGACGGCACGCCGAGGGGAGAGCGGGGCUGACGGUCUCUCCUGUAAUGACUCCUGCCCACGCCUCCCGCUCAUCGCGUCAAACGUUUCCGGCCACGUUUCUUUCUGGCCUGGGAACGGGGCCAGCUCUGGGGCAUUUGCUUUCCCCGUGCCCUGCAAAGAGGUGGAGAACGAGAUCGUUUCGCCGCUUCUCUCUGGUGUGUCAAGAAGGCCUGCGAGGGUCGCUCUUUCUGUGCUGAAUUUCCCGGAGAACUAAUUGGAUUCGCUCCGUCUGUGCAUCGCGUCUUCGCAGCAUCUCGGCCCUGGAGCAAGACAUGUGCCUAGCCCCCCCCGCCCCCCGCUUCCCCUUCAUCAAGAUGGGCAUCGGUUUUAAUUCUCUUCUCGUUCGUGGUGUGUGAUGGCUAAAGCCCAACGCACACUUAGGAGAAAAGUGGUCUGCGUUGAAGGUUCGGCGCGAACGUUGAUUGGAAAUUGCCCCUCAAAAGGAGAAUUAUUUGCCCCGGGCGUGUCUGGAGUGUCUGCCACAGGGAAACAUGGCUGCUUUGGAAACUUACGGCUUUUGGUUGGAAAACCAAACAAAUGCCUCAAAAAUGACAAAUUUUCUAUUUGGACUCAUGGGAGUUGUCAUUCAGGAGCCUCGUGCCUCCUAUGGGUUUGCCUGGCAUCUCCAGCAAUGCAGCAAGGGCUCCCAUAAUGCACGCCUCCCCCUCCAAUAGCGGUGCAUCAUGGGAGAUGUAGUCCAGCCAGGGCCUCUGGGCUACAGACCAGAAAGGGGGGCACGAGGUGCUUGAACUACAUCUCCCAUGAAACUGCCACCACAACCGAAUCAAAAAUUGGUCGGCAUUUGAAUUUUCGCCAGGAAAUUGAAAUUGUCCCGCAGGAAAAUUAAGACAAAACCAGUUUUUUAUUUCUUCAUUUUUGUUGCGAUUUUUCUCAGACCCGUCUUCCUUUUUUCCCCGAGCCCACCCCCAUCACGUCGUUGGGGGUUUGAGAGAGCACGGGACCCACAUAGCCGACCUCCAACGAGCCCUAUAAAACCGGUGAAAGUGGGCCAACCAUAUCUGCUCUGUGUGUGUGAUUUGCAAACAAAUCAGUCCGGCGGGGGGGGAAGUAUUUGCUGGAUUAUUUAUUAGUAUUUUUUUAAUGAACCAAAAAAGGCCUUUUUCCCCCCCCCCUCCCCCUAAGAAAAUCUCCUUUGCACAGUGACAAGCUCUGGGUAAAAACUCACCCACAUUCCAGGAAAAUUCCCUGAUAUAUUUUUCGCAGAGAAAUAAAAUUUGUUUCCCCUUCUUGGCAAAAUCCCUCCCCGGCCUUUAUGUAGCUAAAAAAGACAGCCCCAUUCAUAGCGUCCUUUUCCGGGUCCCUUGUGGUGGGCUAAACGGUUCUUUACUCCUUGCUCUGCGAGGACUCUGUGAAUUUCGGUCAGGGCGGAUGAGAGCCCAAGCAGGACUUUUCUUCGGUUAAUGAUCAUUCCCACCCUCCGUGCUGGUGGCUACCGCCCCCGCUGGCUGGUAUCGUCGCCGUCGGCCCCGCUGAUAUUUUACUACUGAGCUGGAUUUUUCUUCUCCCCCCUUUGCGAUUUUAUAGAUGCGAUUUUUAACGUUGAUUUAUUUUCAGGACCGGGUUGCGCCCUGUAAUCGUUGCACGGGCCAGGGGGGGCAGCCGCCCCUGAGUGCUGGGAUUAAAGUUUGUAUUGCAAAC